UUCGAGUGGCCGAUCACUUGAAUUGUUUCUAGAGACAGGAACACUGUUUGUUUUCUUCACUAGUGGUAUUGUGUUUUUAACAUUUAUAGUGAAUGGUUCGACAACACAGUUCGUUUUACACUACCUUGACAUGGACAAGUUAACAGCUGCAAAGAAACGUAUCCUUGAUUUCACAAAGUAUGAAAUGUUGAACAAAGCACUAGAAGCUUUUGGUGAACUUGGAGAUGAUGAGGAACUAGGGCCUGCUGAUUGGGCCACAGUGAAGAGAUAUAUCUCCUGCCUAAAUAACAUUGAAGGUGAACGUGUUCAUCCUCACGGCACAUCUGAAAGUGAUACUAAUCUGGAUGCCAUGAAUUUGAAAGACAUACGAGUACGCCUUCUCAAUAGUGUCCAAGCUGCUUAUUGGGAGAUGCUUGAUGAAGGACGAAUUUCUCAAACGACAGCUAAUAUUCUAAUGUUAUCUGUGGAGGAGGCAAUAGAUUUAGCUUCACAUGAGCCUCUAUGUGACUGGAAAGGCUUAAAAUCUAAUGUUCACUUUCCAAAUUACUACAAGUUUCUUCAGUCUAGUAUGCUUCGACCAAAAUUAGUUACAUACUUCACUGUGGAAAGGUUGGAAUCUGCUUGUAAUAUUUGUGCUGCGUUUCUUCGUGCACACAGAGUUGCUCCACAACAAUUACAUGACUUCAUAGGUGAAAGUGAUGUUGCUUCUGCUGUUAUCAAUGAAAGCAUUGCAGAAGGAGAAAAAGCACGGAAGUUCCUGGAAGAUGUUCGCGUAACAUAUCCUCAGGUCUUAGGGGUUGUGAAAACAAGGCAAGCCACAUAUGUAGUGCUAAAUCACUUAAUUGAAUAUGUUCAAGACCUUGAGAAGGCUGGGAUUUUAGAGGAGAAAGAGAUGUUGCUUCUGCAUGAUGCUGUCCAGACUAAUUUAAAGAAAUUACUCAGAAAUCCUCCUUUGGUGAAGCUUCCUAAAAUAACUAGUAUGCAUCCUAUGUUGGGCGCUCUGCCUUCUCCGAUUUGUGAAUCACUUAUGAGUGGUACCAGGGAAGUGCAGCGAUUAGAAUCUUCUUUGGUUAGAUUUUCAAGCAGUGAAACUAUUACUGCAGUUAAUUGUGGUUAUGGCUUCACAUUGUUACUUGAUUGGUUCAUCUGGAGAGUUGUUCAUUGAGUAUCUUGUAUGGCACUGUGCUUUAACUGACAAUAAUCGCGGUGAUCUUGACAUCCUGAAUAAGAAAGUGGAGGGUUGCUUAUACUUUAAUUUGCAUUGGUGUUUUCAUGUGUGUGGUAACAUGUCUAGGAGAUAUGGCAGCAGGUAGCAUGAAUGGUUAUUGUCUCUCAUGUUAUAUGGUGAGCAUGAUCAUAAUUCUUCUGCUGGAGGGUGUAGUAACAGCGGACAUUCUCCUCAAUUCUGAUUGGGAGAAGGACUUGCCUGAGGACCCAACUGGAAAAUUCAACGACUUCAAGGAUUUUGUGGAGUCAAAUUUUGAUGUUUGCAAAUGGAUAAUACUAGUGAUCAUCUCAGCACAGGUGUAUGACAAACUUUUCGAACGUUAUGCUCAUACCUGAAGAAGGCUUUGAAUGCAAGUAUAAAUAGCGCAACUUCCGCUAGAGUUGAAAUGGCAGAUAUUACCACUACUGAUGAUGCAGUUAGGCCUGAUUGAUCUCUGCUAGAAGCAUCAUCACUGUUGCAGUGAUCAAGAGGGCUUCCACAAAGCUGUUGGUUCCCUUCAAAUGCCUCGUUCGGCCAAUGAGAGAAUUUUCUGUCCAAUUUUCCUUGAAGGUUAUUGUAGAAGAGAUCAAGCACUCCCAAGCUGCUCAUGUCACCAACUUGUGGAGGGACUUCUCCAGUGAGUUGAUUGUGGGAAAGAUCAAGUACUUCUAAUUUUAACAGAUUCCCAAGAAAAGCUAGGAUUUCACUUGAGAGAUUGUUGUAUCUGAGGUCUAAAUUGAUCUGGCGAUUUUGGAGUUUUUCAAUUUUUGUUUUAGUAUGGAAAAUAGCACAGCUUUUAGUAUGGUUGAUAGUUUUAGUAUGGUUGAAUAAUACAUUGAGGAUUAUAUUUUGAAUUAUAUUAACUUGUUUGUUUAUUAUA